CGUUUCUGUGCCAAGAAAAGAUGUUCGGGAGAUUAGUGAAAAUUCACCAAAGCCUGAUGCUUUGUUAAAACAAGCUUUUGACCAAGCCCUUGAAUUCCGUAAAAACAGAACUGUUCCUAGUAACUGGAAAACAGAAUUGAAAGAAGACAGCUCCAGCAGUGAAGCUGAAGAGGAGGAAGAGGAUGAAAAAGAAAAAGAGGAUAACAGCAGUGAGGAAGAGGAGGAAAUAGAGCCAUUUCCUGAAGAGAGAGAGAACUUUCUUCAGCAAUUAUACAAAUUCAUGGAAGACAGAGGGACUCCUAUUAAUAAACGACCUGUAUUAGGAUAUAGAAAUUUGAAUCUCUUCAAAUUAUUCAGACUUGUACACAAGCUUGGAGGAUUUGAUAAUAUUGAAAGUGGAGCAGUGUGGAAGCAAGUUUAUCAAGAUCUUGGAAUCCCUGUAUUGAAUUCAGCUGCAGGAUAUAAUGUUAAAUGUGCAUACAAAAAAUAUCUGUAUGGUUUUGAAGAGUAUUGUACAUCAGCUAACAUUGAAUUUCAAAUGGCAUUGCCAGAGAAAGUGACGAGCAAGCCUUGUAAAGACUGUGAAAAAGAAAAAGAAUCGAAGAUGCGUGAAGAACCAGAGCAGGAUGUAAAAGAAAUAAAAGUGGAUAAGGAGGAGCGCAAGCAGGAGGAAGUAGCAAUAGUACAACAAGAAGAAAAAAAGUUAGCUGAGAAUGAUAAUGAAAGUAAAGAAAAUGAUAAGCCCUCUGUUCUGGGAAAUAAAAAAAAUUUGCCAGAACCUGCAUAUACUCAGCCUGAUCAAGAAAAGGACUUAAAUGUAAUCAAAACUGAAGAUGACACCAAACUAGAAGAUAAAGAGGAGGAGAAGAUUAAAGAAAUGGAAAAUCCUAAUGCAAAUGCAGAUGCUGAAGAAAAGGAAAAAUCAGGAGAUGACACGAAUAAGGAAGAAGAUGAAGAUGAUGAAGAAGCAGAGGAGGAGGAAGAGGAUGAGGAGGAGGAGGAAGAAGACAACAAUAACAAUGAGGAAGAAGAGUUUGAAUGCUAUCCACCAGGCAUGAAAGUCCAAGUGCGGUAUGGAAGAGGGAAAAAUCAAAAAAUGUAUGAAGCUAGUAUUAAAGAUUCUGACAUCGAAGGUGGAGAAGUCCUUUACUUGGUGCACUACUGUGGAUGGAACGUGAGGUAUGAUGAAUGGAUAAAGGCAGACAAGAUAGUGAGACCAGCUGAUAAAAAUGUACCAAAAAUUAAGCAUCGAAAGAAAAUAAAGAAUAAAACUGACAAAGAGAAGGAAGAGAAGUAUUCUCCUAAAAACUGUAAAUUGCGACGUUUGUCAAAACCACCCUUUCACACCAGCACAUCACCAGAGACUGGGUCCAAACUUGACAGCGCUGAAGCCAAAAAUACUGAACAAGCUCCAGUUAAAUCAAUAGAAAUUACUUCUAUCAUUAAUGGGCUACAAGCUUCUGAAAGUUCUGAUGAUAGUGAGCAGGAAGAUGACCAAAGUGCCCCAAAUGUACCUGCUGAUGGCAAAGAGGAAUCUCAACAUGAAGCUGUAAGCCAAGAUAAGAACGAACUCUGUCUAAAAGAAGAACAAAGCAGUUCAUCCCUCCCAGAAGAAACUAAAGCUGUGACAGACGUAGUAGUGCCCAAGUCAGGAUCUAAAUCUCCUGAAAGAUUGCGAAAAGAGAUGGAAGAGUUAUCGGAAGAUACUGACUCUGAUGGAGAAGACGAAGCCACAAAGAAGAGAAAGGAUGCAAAAAAGGAGGUAGCGGAUAAAACAGCAAAACCACAGGUGAAACGUGGUAAACGAAGAUACUGUGUUGCAGAGGAAUCUUUAAAGACUGCGUCGCCUAACAGAAAGGAGGAGAAGUCCAAAAACAAAGACUCUCUUAGUUUAGAAAACAGCAGUAACAGCUCCUCGGAUGAAGAUGAGGAUGACAAAACUAAACUGAAAAUCACUCCAACUAAAAAGUACAAUGGAUUAGAGGAGAAAAGGAAGUCUUUACGGACAAGUACUUUCUACUCAGGAUUUUCUGAAGUGGGAGAGAAAAGAAUAAAGCUUCUAAAUAACUCUGAUGAAAGACUUCAGAACACCAGAGCGAAGGAUCGAAAAGAUGUCUGGUCAAGUAUUCAGGGACAAUGGCCGAAGAAAACGCUGAAGGAAUUGUUCUCGGACUCUGACACUGAAGCUGCUGCUUCCCCUCCACAUGCUGCUCCUGAGGAUGCUGCGGCAGAGGAGCAGCUUCAGACUCUUGCAGAAGAAGACAUUUCUUUACCUAGCUCUGAACUUGAAAAGUCUUUGCCAGCUAGUGUGGACGUUAAACCUGUGGAGGAGAAACCAGCUGAAGUGGGUGAAAAGAAAGUUGAAUUUCCAAGCAGUGGCAGUAAUUCAGUGCUAAAUACUCCUCCUACAACUCCUGAAUCGCCUUCAUCUGUAACUGUAACGGAGCCCAGUAGACAUCAGUCCAGUGUCACUGUCUCUGAGACGCUGCCACCAAGUCAAGAAGAGAUACGAAGCAUUAAAAGUGAAACAGAUAGCACAAUAGAAGUGGACAGUGUUGCAGGGGAGCUGCAAGACCUCCAGUCUGAGGGAAAUAUUUCUCCAACAGGUUUUGAUGCCAGUGUCAGCUCCAGUAGUAGUAAUCAACCAGAGCCAGAGCAUACUGAAAAAG